ACGCUACACGGUUGCGACGACGGAUUCCCCCCUCGGAACGGAUUCACUCCUCUGUACCGCCGUGUGCGCCCUUCUCUGCCAUCCCUCGACCGCACUUUAUCAUCGAUUUAAACCGUGCGUGCGUGCUCGUGCGUGUGUGCCCGUGUGUGUGUCGCGUGUGCGUGAGUAUUCUUCCUGCACUUGGUGUGUGAUCCUGGGUCAGCGUUUAGAAGGAUGCAGCCAGCAGUGUGAGGCAGUUAAAACGAAAGGAAGAGGAAAAAGAAGACGCAGAGUAAACGGAAAGAAAACGCAAGCAAGCAAGCGACGACGACGACGACAACCAGUUUCUGAAGCUGUUCUGUUCUGUUCUGUUCUGGAGAAGAAUAACGAAAAGGAGGCUGCUGUUUGGUGUGUUUCGUUCAGUGAUGCCGCCUGCAGCAGCAGCAGCAGCAGCAACCGCUGUCCAUGAGUGAUGAAUGUGCCGCUGUGAAUGUGGUGGUAGUGCGGUGAUGCGGGCAGAAGGAAGUGUGGCCAACGGCGGAUGUGGCAGAACGGAUUUUGAGAACGAACCGAUUUCGAGUCGCGGUAAAGUGCAGUGACUGCUGCAGCAGCUGCCUGCCUGCCGUGUGCCGUGAUUGCGUGGAACCUUUCCCCUGAGUGUUUCUCCCCGUGUGUGUGUGUUUCUGUACGUGUUAGAUAGAUCCCCCUGGUCGGUGGUGGGUCAGUGAAGGGCCUCCCCUAUGUGCCCGUACCCCUGAGGCCCCCGUACCCCUCCCCCAAAUGCGACGGACGCUGGCGACCGAGAGGUGCAUGAUGUCUUGUUGUGACCGGGUACCCGGGUGGUCACUGCACAAGCGCUACAAGAUCGCACUGGCCUACAAGAUGCUGCCCGGUGGUGACACUGCCGAUGCUGACGGUGGCGAGGAAGGUCCACAGGGAGGAGAGAGUUUCGUGCCGCUUCGUGCGUCCCGGCCACAGAAGCUGCGAACGACGCGGAACGGUCCGGCCAUCAUGGAUGCUGAGUGUAGCCGGGUCGGCGGUGCGCUAGCUUUCGGUCAAACCGACGGCAGCAGUUCCACCAGCGCCGGCGUCAGCAACAGCGCCAGCAACAGCGCCAACAACAGUGAUAAACACGGCACUAGCCGCCGGGACAGCAACGAUUACAGCGCGUUUAGCAUAAGUGACCCUACCAAAAGUGACCGGCCUCGGUUUAUGGGUGACUGCAGCGGUACCAAUAGUAGUAGCAGCAGCAGCAACAGCAACAGCAACAGCUACAGCAACAGCAGCAGCAGUAGUAGUAUAAGUAAUAGCUGGAGCGAUCACGACAACAACAACACUAGUAUUAAUACCACCAUCAGCAGCACGACCUAUGGCGGUCAGCGAAGAGGGCAACCGUUGAGCUGCCGGAUCGACGAUGCAGAUGGUGAAGAAACGGCUCGGAAGCACAAGUUCGAGCGAGUGAGUCGAGCGGGACCGUGGAGGAGGCCCGGUAGCAGUUUCGCCUCGAUGGCCAUCCUUGCAUUGUUGUGCCAGGCCGCUGGGGCCGUACUACUCGAUACGAACGGGCCGGGCGGUGAAGGGAAGGCCCCGGUACAGGCGUUCGGCGAUGAGCUCGGUGGUUCGAACCUCGAGCGGAGUAUAGCGGCCGUCUUUAGCCGGGUCGCGUACGGAUCGACCACCACCACCAAGCGCAGCAUUCCGGAUAACGUCUACGUACCGAGCCUGACGACCGUCUCGACGCCACUGCUGACCACGUUCAGGUAUCGGGAGAAGGAUAAGGAACCACACGGAGGUGGUGGUGCUGGUGGGCUAGGUGGAGCCACCGGUAACGAGAAGGAUCCGCACUACAACCAUCAGCAGAUCAGCGCCAACCAUCGGAACUAUGAGCUGGAUCUGGAGCGGGACCACGUGCUGCCGACGUCGGCACCGAAUGCGGAAAUCCUGAAGAGUAACAGCAACCCGACCUACCCGAACCCGAACCGGCACCACAACCACGAUCGUCACCGGCACUCCAACUCAACGCCAUACCCGCACGGUCAUAACGCCAAGAAAGGCUUCCCGACGAACUCGAUGUUCUCCGGUGAUGUGCCAGCGUACUCACCACCGUCCCGGGCCUUCUUCACACCGCCACUGCCCCGCAACUACACGAACCCGUUCGCGGACAAACCGACGCUUCGCGGCACGAACAGUGACACGACGAUCAUCAACACGGGCACGUACGCGAACCGUCGCCCACUACCCCCGCCCAGUCUGAUGCCAGGCCACGAACGGAUCCCGAUGCGUCCGCCAGAUCUCGUCCCCGGUGCACCCGGAUCCGGUCCCGGUUCCGGCCCAGUGGUACCGCUCGGUGGUGGUGGUGGUAGCAAUGGUGGACUCCCCGGUGGCAGUUCGAUUAACCCUCAGAAACCCGGUCUAUCGGAUGGCGCUGGUCCACUGGCACCACAGGCUGGCGGUGGCGGCAUUGGACAGGGUUCGAUGGUGGAAGCACAGCGCAAGAAAGCCCUUAACACCCCGUCCGAUAAGUCGAGCAAACUGGACGCCGCGAAGAGUGCCGGCGGUGGUUACGAUAGCAACGGCAACAAGCUGUUCCUGCUGGACGAGAACGCCAACUCGAGCGCCAUUUUGCCGAACGGCAUGCACUUCCCAUCGAUCUCGCGCAUCCUUUCGGGUUCGAAUGGUCGACCGCAGAGUAUACCGGAUGUGUUGCUCCGUUCGGUCACCUCCGCACCGCGUCCCAAUCAACCAUCGUUCGAUAUCGGUGGUCCCGGUGGGCUGGGUACCGGCUCGACAUCGCUAAACAAUGGCAAACAUCCCGGUGGAUACGGUGGAGGAGCAGGAGCGGCAGCAGCAGGAGGCAACCCGGGCGCCGCUGGUACCGAUGGUGGAUCGAAGACUGAUGGUAGUGACCUUGGUGGAGGGGACCUUGGACCGGAUGCUGGUGGUGGUGGUGCCGGUAAUUCCGACGGUGAUGGUCGGCGUCAGUUUGACGACGACGGCGAAGAAGACGAGGAAGAGGAAGAGGAUGACCCGUUUGAUGAUGAUGAUGAUGACGCACCGAGAAAGGGUGGUGCCGGAGGCGGCGGCAGUACUUCACACGCCCGGGGUGGCCCGGGCAUUACCUCGACCGUCUCGUCGAUGCACGUCCUAUCGUCCUCCUCUUCACCGAUCACACAGAAGAUGCCGAAUCUGAACCUGAAAUCGGUAAUGAUCAAGAACGGCACGGGUGGAGGCCACGGUGGAGAGGAUGGAACUGGCGGUGGUGGCAGUGGUGGUGGUGGUGGUGCCGAUCGGAACUUCCAGGGUGAGAUGGCCGACUUUAGCACGUGGACGAUCGCGUGGAACAUUCACGUGUACCUGUCCGCAAUACUGUUCACCAUUCUGGCCGUUUACUCGAUCUUCAAGAUCAUCUUCUACGACAAGCUGACGCACCUGUUCUCGCAAUCGUACUUUAUCAGCAUCCAUCUUAUCCUGAUCAUCAUCUGUCUGCUGCGCAUCUUCUAUCUCUGCUACGAUGCGUACAACAUUCACUUUAGCUUCAAUCUGUUCACCUCGGAGUUGCUGCUCAAUCUGCCGCUGACCUUCCUCACGACAACGUUCGCCAUCUUGAUCCUGUUUCUGUUGCUCCGGUCGAUCAAUCAUAAGACGAACCGGUACAGCUCGAUCCUGCGCCCGCUGACGAUCAUUAUCGGUUCGGGGGUUCACGUCGGCCUAUGCAUAACGCUCCAUCUGGUGGAAUCGUACGAAACGCAGCAGUUCUACCACAAGCAGCAGCAGCUGCAGCUCCAGAACAAACAGCUCAUGAUGACGGCCGGUGGCGGUUUACGGUCUCCUGGUGGUGGUGUUGGUGGUGCUGGCCAUCAGCAUCACGGUCACGGUGGUGGUGGUGGUGGUGGUCUGCCAGCGAACAACAUACAGAUCCCACCGCGCGUCCUCUCGCUCAUCUGCCAGAUCAUCUACAUCUUCAUCUGUCUCAGCCUCGGCAUCCUGUACCUCUACAUGUACCGGCUGCUGAAGCGCAUACUGAACAAAAGCCAAAACUACAUCCACGGGUACAACAACCUGUCGUACGCGAUCCACAUCACGAUCGCGACCGCACUGCUCUUCAUUCUGCUGGCCGCCCUACAGAUCUACGGUGCGAUCAGCAUCAGCUCGCAGACGAAGGUGAAGCUGUCGCCGAGCAACAGCCUACACGAUGGUGGGGCCGCCAAGCAGACGCUCUGGGCAUCGCACAUCGAGAUCGAUUGGUUCCAGUGGGGUUACCAGUUCAGUUUGCGCUUCAUCGAGAUCGUCAUUAUCGCGCUGCUCUCGUGGGUAACCGGACUGAAGACGGGCACCUCGAAGGUGAUCCAGCGGGAGAAGGACAUGGAGCAACCGAACGCGAGCGGGUUCGCCCUGUUCCCCUGUACGUCCUCGUCCAGUCAGGAAAACUUCGAAACGGACUACCCGGCCGUAUGCAACACCAACCGUAACCUGCACACGUACACGAUGCGUACCGGUAAACCGAUCUACGACGAUAACUUUGCGCUCAAUUCGCUCAACCUCGAACAGAACAGCCAGCAGGAUCUGCAGCUCGGACCACCGGGCUCCGGUGGUGUCGGUGGUGUCGGUGUCGGUGGUGUUGGUCCCGGUGUCAUCGUCGGUGGCAACGAUUUCCAGCGUUCGAUCGAAACGAACAGUAUGCGGUCGUCGUCGCACAACUACAGCAACAACUACAACGGUGGUGGCAGCAGUGCCGACCACAACAUGCCCGAUGGUGACGAUUUCCUCAACGACACCGAAACGAUGCCGGAUCACUACGAGAAUCCAAACUUUGAGCUCAAGCAUCAUCACCACCAUCAUCAUCACGGUGGCGGCGGUGGUAGUGGCAGUGGUAGCGCCUCCGUUAACCACCAGUACCACGACAUCAUGGACAAUUGCUACUCGGAACCGAUCAAUGCACCGCAGUACGACACAAAAUCGUUGCGUGGUGGUGGUGGUGUUGGUGUCGGUACCGGUCAUCCCACGUCUCUGGUCGGACCGGGACGGAACUAUGAUUUCCAGAACUUUGAGCGUCCAAACUUUGAUCCAACCCAUCCGGUAGCACCGGCUGGUGGUGGUAUGGGACCUGUUCCAUCCCAUGCGGCCCUUGCCGCAGCCCAGUCGAUGUCACGGAAUGAGUUCCGUGCCUCGAAGAACCUGAAAACGCUCAAGAGCGGCCAGCAGCAGCAGCAGCAGCAGAUGCAGAUGCAGAACGAUCUCGGUGGUGCGAACACGAUGGGCCAUCAUCAUCACUACAACCACCAUCACAACCAGAUGGGUGGUCCCGGUGGUGGCAAUUACGGGGAUUCGUUCGAUCGCCGGAUCGGUGUGCGUAAGAGCGGUACGCUCAACAACAUCGGUGCGAUGCACUUUAACCAGCACGGUGGUAGCGGCCGGAACAACAACUCCAACUCGUCCGCCUCAUCUUCCUCCAAUUCGUCCAACAAUCGGGCCGCUCUACAGCAGCAGCAGCAGCAGCAACAACGGGGUGUUGGUGUAGCGCCAGGGCAGCAGCAACACCGUGGUGGUCCCCUGUCCGGAGCACAAACACUCAGUUCAUCGCGCUCGAACGAUCAACAGCAGCAGCACCACCACCAGCAUCAUCAUCACCAUGGUCAUCCGGGCCAUGCGUAUCCGGUACCGCAGCCCGGUAGCUUCAACGAUCGGCUACUGAACGGUGGUGUACCGGGGGCCGAUUCGCUCGAGCGGCACGCCCAUCAGUCACAGGACAACAUGAGCAACAACUUCGACGAUCCGGCUCUUGGCGGUGCAAUGGUGAACGGUGGUGCUAAUGGUGGUGGUGGUGGUCCCGCUUACUAUCACAGCAAGAAGCGAUCACGUGACUCGUCGAGCUCUAGCUGCUAUACUAGCGGUGGCCCGGGUGGUGCCGUCCCAUACGCUGCUACCGGAGGCGGCCCGGAUCAUCAGGCGACGACGGCGACGGAAUCAUCCUCUUCACCGACGGCCAGCAUCGGUGGCAGCAACACCGGAUCCGGCAACGGUACACCAACGACGACAACGACGACCGGCAUUCUACCGGGCAAGCUGGGUGGAGUAGGAGACCGCCCCGAAGUGGCCGGUAACGCCGGUAGUAGCAUGCUGGUCGCCGAGCAGGGUUUCGUCCGGUUUCGGGCCCUCGAGGAUGCGUCGCUCGGUGCGAGCCAGCGCAACGCCAAUGCCAACGCCAACGCCAAUGCCAACGCCAAGCUGUUUAUGAACGCGUAAGAAGGUGGCCAGAUUUCAGCGUUGCGGUGCGGUGUGUCGUGCGUGCGUUUGGUGAAGCGGCAGCACACGAAAGGGGCGCCUGCGUGCGUGUGGGCGUCACUGCCCGCCGCUGCCCCCGUUUCACGGUGAUAUUAAGGUUACACAAAAAUCAUGGGCGCUGCCGCUGCUAGGUCCAUGUGCUAGGGAGCAGAAUGUACAUAGUUAAUGGUAAUGCGCCUCAAAUGCGUCUUUUUAUGCGGAACGAGUGCGAGAGUGGUGAAGAACGGCGCGCAUAAGACACGCUCCCCGGUUAGUGCGCGUUAGAAACUCACACUCUGCGAAGGAUUAGUUUCUUCUUAGAGCUCUUCUUUCAUUUCCCUUCCUAUCUCUUCCUGCUCCGUGCUCCAAGGAGGUAGGCCACCGGCUCCGAAUUCCGUUAUACCCGUUGGUCUUACUAAUGAGCUUGCGCUUCUCUCGCGCUUCUCUCAUGAUGUGAUUAGCAUUCCAACCACACUCUUUCUUGCCACACUCAAUAUGGCUUUUUUCCUGCUUUGUGCGGGUGGCUGUGUGUGUGUGUGUGGUACGUGCCGAGGAAAGGUGCAUGUGGGUGUGGGUUUUGUCAAUUAGUCAUUGGCUCACGCCAUUCCGGCUGUGCGUUUGGUGCGUCGUGAUAGCCACAGGAAGUGUUCCUGCUGGGAAUCCAGUUGCGAGCCAUCAAGUACUGGACCUAGCCAGCCAGGAAUACAGACCACCCCCCCACACACACACACACACGAAGCUAGACAUAACUCAAGCUCCACUCCAACUCCCUCCCUUAUCCUUCACACUCAAUACAGUCAACUAAUUGUGAUGAUUUAAUCCGUCGUCUACGUAAAACAAAAAUCGUAAGCCUCGUAUCGUAUGCCGAGAAGCGAAUGUGAGUGUGCGAGAUGAUGCGAAGGGGGGACUAGAAGGAGGAGGGGGCGGGGGUUUCUUCUCGCAGAGGGCUCCCGUUUUUUUUGGGUUCCGUUUCAGUGUACUCCAACCAACCAGGAUUAGAGUAAUGACUGUCUGUCUGUCUGUCUGUCUGUCUGCGUGUGUGUAGAGCGAUGAUGAAACGAAUAUUUAAAUGCUAAACCACACAACCGUUAAGCCAAUAGACAACAAUUACACAUCCCCCCCCCCCCUCCCUUUCGUAUCCGAGUCCUUCAGUUCACACACACACACACACGCGCGCGCGCAAUCCAAGUCAAACACAGAAAGAGGCAGCAGCAUGCAGUCUGAGGAGUCUUUUACUACUUUACGGUUCUUGCCAUGCCGGCGCAAAUCGGAUCGGAUGAGCCUGCUCUCCCAACAAUGACAUACACAUACACACGGAAACACGCUAGUCUGUUUUAUAAAUGUAAAAAGUGUAACAAUGGAAAACACGCCCUGUAUCUAUAUGUGAAUAUCGUUUUUUUUUUAUUAUUUUAGCAAUUAAUAAUAAUAAUAAUAUAUUUUAAUGUACAAUUAACGCUCCUAGUACGAUACGAUAGUUGCGGUUUACGUUGUUUUCUCGAUUCUCUUUUUUUUCCUUGGUUUUUUUUUUGAGAUCAGCUUCCCGGAAAAAGGGGGGCGAGAAUUCCGUCUCGUUUUAAUCUAUUAACUUUAAAGCAACAGCAACACGUUAAACAAGCGAAACCGCCCAAGCAUUUACGUUGUUGUGGCUACGAUGGCCAGCUGCGUGUGCGAAGCAAGUGAACCGGACGUCACCAGAGGGGGUGGGAAUCGCAUUUCCUUGUUCCCCUUUACCGCAUGUUGCGCGUGGUGGUUCGCGAUCGCACAACAAUUACGCCGAUUUCCUAGCGCGCUAACGGGUUCGAAUGCAUAUUCGAUUUUUCGUGAUAGAAGAACUAGAGAUAGAGAAGCUGGGGCGGAGGGGGGGCUGCCCAGCGAGGGGACUAUAUCGGUCCUAUAUGACUUAUGAGUUACUUAAAAGAAAAGCGAAUCGGGAUCGUGUUUGUACCCAAACAAUUGAUAGAUUGUGCUGUUGGAUUUUCGUUUCAUUUUUGUUUGUGUCUGUCCGUUGAACGGUCUCAGCCACGAGCGUCCUCCUUCUGUUCCUCCUCAAGCCAUGGGUUCUCUCGGGUCAUCGGCACAUCUCUUCGUGGCGGCGGAGAAUGUAAAGUAAAAUGUAUAGAAAACCACUAGACACUGCAGAAUCGUCAAAACAAUUUCACAAACCAAUCAGAGCGGCAACGGGGUGGCGUUAUAGAAAGAGAAAUAUUUAAUUAAAAGGGAAAAGAGAGGGUAAAAGGUGAUCGAAAGGAUAAACCGUCGUACCGCUUCACAAACACAAACAAACAAAACACUCACACAACACAUACAAAACACAAAUAGGCAGUGAUUCAGUAAAAUAAAUAAAAUAGCAUGCAGGCAAACGCAUCCGCGACCCGGGUAACUAUCCGAUCCGAGGAUAGCGAAGAUGAUAGUUGAUCCCCACUGUCCACAGAUUGAAUGAUGAAAACCAUAUUUAGGGAAUCGUAGUACCGCAAAACGGGGCGAACGCGUUGUGCACCGGAACCGGAAAAGCUCAAGAAAGGCACAGUUGACAUUUGCUCGAAGCAACGGAUGACAUGAAGUUUGAGCCAAACAAAAAGAAGCAAAACUAAGGCACUACCACACGAUCCGAGCAACCCCGUUGCUGCUGGUAGUUCCGCUAGGUGCUAGGCGACUAGGCCGCGGUUGCUUUGGUUUGGUUGGCUGUUAAUGGCCAGCAAGGAACAAAAUUCAAUCUCACAAACGAAACCACGAACGGACAAAUCUGUUCUCUUCUCUUUGUUGUUGGAUGUCAUGGGGUUUGUGGGAGUGUAGCGUGUUGGAGAUGGAGAUUCCCCUCCCUUUUCUGCACAAUUGUCCGCUGAGGUGUAUGGGUAUAAAUAUUAAACAAAAUAAUAAAUAAAUCGUGGCAGAGAGAUACGAAGAUUGGGACUGCGCAUUAUAAUCCGGAUCGUGCUAAAUGCGGCUAAGCGGAUAAAGCGCCCGGCACGAUCGAUGCGGAAUCCCGCAGAGAAUACGAGCUGCAACGGACAAACGGAAAUAGGAGGAAGUGGAGCUAGCGAAAGAGAAAAGGAGAAAAGGAGGGAAAAACCGUUGAUGUACCGAUGGAGAAGGAAAAUAUUAAAGUGUGCAAGGAGGAGCCGGGGACAGCGAUACAAGCACCCGCCCCGGGGAUAUAUACAUAUAUACAUAAAAGUAUUUAAAAUAAUUAAAUUCAUUAAAUUAAGGAAGCGAAAAACGUAAAAUAAAGAUGCAACAUUCGACAAAAACUUAAACCCCGAACGCAGUUUGGAUCAUUUAUCAGCCAUUCCCCUUUUCCCUAACGGCGACAAUGAUGUGACGAUGACCUGCAUGUGUAUAGGGUGUACUACCGUGUGUGUUGCUCCCGUUUUUCUUUACCGUCGUUUUGUGGCCGCGAAAUGAGCGCCAGUAGAGAUGGCAUUAGCGAAGGAAGGCCAAUUUCCGAAGGCACUGGCACCGCACAGCAAGAGCAGACCAGAGUACCGUAAAGUGCCACCACCGGCGGUUGCGUUGUGUAAAUAGUAAAUUAAUUAUAAUGAAAGAUGGAACUGGAU